GUGAUAAAAAAAAAAAAAAAAAAGCUGGAGGGCAGCCGGUGGAAGACGAGCUGGUCAACCAAGAAAAGAGCACCCAAACGCCGCAUUGUCUUCUCUGUAAGGAAGCCGAAUCGUCGCUGUGAUGGAACUUCGCUUGUAAGSGAAGAAAACGGCGAAUUUACCCGAUUUUAAAAGCCACGAACGAUUGUUUUCUUUUUAUCUUUCUGUUUCUGGUUGGCUGCCGGAAGGCGGAGAAUACAAAGCGACGUGUGCUAAACAAAAUAAUUCACAAACAAUUGGAGUCACUGAAGCAGAAAAAACGUGAUUUCUAGAAAGCCAGGUCGUGCUGCUGUGACUGGUCAGAGAGUACAUGGAUUAUCUGUGUUUCCGGGCACUGUGCUGUAAAGGACCCCCGCCGCCAAGACCAGAGUAUGAUGUGGUGUGCAUUGGCCUGACAGGUGCUGGAAAGACCAGCUUGCUCACACGCCUGUGCAGUGAGAGCACCGACGGCAUCGUUCCCACAACAGGUUUUAGCAUCAAAGCAGUGCCAUUUCCAAAUGCCAUCUUGAAUGUAAAAGAACUUGGAGGAGCUGACAAUAUCAAGAAAUAUUGGAGUCGUUACUACCAGGGGUCACAGGGUGUAAUCUUCAUACUGGAUAGCGCCUCGUCGGACGAGGACCUGGAGGCGGCACGGAAUGAGCUCCACUCGGCUCUGCAGCACCCACAGCUCUGCACACUGCCCUUCCUUAUUCUUGCCAAUCACCAGGACAAGCCAGCUGCAAGAACCCCCGGUCAGAUCAAGAAGUACUUUGAGCUGGAGCCUCUGGCCCGAGGAAAACGUUGGAUCCUGGACGGCAGCACCAUCGACAACAUGGAGGCAGUGAAGGAGAGCUUCGGUCAGUUCAUUAGCCUGCUGGAGGACAAAGACACAGAGCCUGCAAGGAUAUGAUGCUAACACAUGUUAGCGCUGAAGAACCACCACAUCCUGCUGGUGCCCCCACACACACACACACACACACACACACACACACACACACCAGAAGAUAAGAACAAUGGCGGCCACUCUUUAAGAUGUAUUUGUUCUCUCACUGCAAAUUGGGAAAAGUCCACCACCACAGACUGGCCGAGGAGAGCCCCCUCCCCUGACACCCAGAACACCCCCUAAACCUUGGAAUGGAGAUCUUACUUACCAACGUUUGUGCCAUUGUGAUGCAAUUAAAGUCAUUUAGGUUUAGUAUUUCUCUAGUCCUGAUUAAACACUAAAAACACAGAUUUGCACUUAGACACACACACACACACACACACGUUCGUGGAGCCAAGAUUGUCUAAAGAUACGUUUAGCGUCUCCACUAAUUACUUAGCAGGAUGUUGGAUUGAGCACGACUGAUGUUGUUUCCUGUCAGAAGUUCUGUUCGGCUGUAAAGUGUGCCUCUUCCUUUGACUCGGCAACAACAAAGGUUGCUGUGUAAUCGGAGGUCAUAGUCCAAAGCCCUGUGUUAUGUACAGCAGUUACCUAUCGGUGCGCCCCACCGCCUCUGAAUAUCUAAUCUGAAUAGCGUAGUCUUGAGUGUUCCUUAGAAGCCAACGAGCAUAUUGCUGUGUAGCCUCGUGUGCAGCCAAACACGACGAGAGGAAAAACUCAAGCCGAGCGCAGAGCGGGUUCGUUUGGACGGAGCGGGAACGAGUCUGAAAGUUUUUUUUAUAAAUGUGCUACUUAGGUUCUAUUUUAUAGCUUUGUAUGUUAACCUUGUAAAAGCAACAGUCGGAUUUUGUAUGUCUUUCAUCUGUGUGUCAAACUUGUGAUUUUUUUUUUUUCAAAUCAGAAACAAAAAGUGAUUGAUAUGGAUGUCGCCACAUGUGGAAAUGUUAAUGAGUUUUGGGUGUUUGUAGUUCUGAGUAAAUGUCGGGUCUGUUUUUUGUUUUAUUUUAAACAUUCGACACAACCACACGACCUCUCAGUCCUGGCUGGUGGCUGCAGCUUCCCAUCAGGGUGGAAUACAAACUAUCAAUCAGCCGCAGCAACAGCUGCAUCUGACAAGUCGCUGUCCGACAGCCUAAUGCUUCCCAACUGCCCGGAGACCCUCCCUGUCUGCUGUUUAUCACGGCCCCUCUGGUCCCACUCUGCUUCAUAUUGCUGCUCAGCGUUUUUGAAAUUUUUUUAAAAUUUUGUUUUGUUUUUAUCUCGGAUGUCCUUUCAGCCCCGAUGCCCUCACAUGGACUCCUGACCUUCAGAAUGAGACGUCUCCGUUGUGCCACAGGUGUCCAUUUAUCCUCCAAAAUAUGUUAUUUUAUCAGUAUUUUGAGAUUUAAACACUUUUUUUGUACCUGAUGUGAGAACUGAGUGAAUUUGUAUGUUUGUUUGUAUGAAUGCAAAAUAAAUCUCUCAACCAGGGAUGA